AUGCUGGGCCGCAUCGGUGGUCAGGCGUUUCGUUGCGCCGUGCGUCGUCCCGUUGCGCGUCGGAACCUCUGCGAGCGCAAAUUCUCCGCCUAUUCCACCAGCUCGACCUCCUCCGGCACCCAUGCGCCCUCCGCGGCGUCGCCGUUGGGAAGUAUCACGGCCGAGUUGGACCGGGUUGCGCCGUGUUUUGAGGUCCCUGCAUCGAGGAUUACCAUCCUCGACUCUCCCGCCAGCUUCUACAGCACCCUCAAGGACAAAAUCCGCAACGCUCGCCGGCGCAUCUACCUUUCGACGCUGUACAUCGGCAAAGCAGAGCAUGAGCUCAUCGAGACCUUGGACCAGGCCCUGCAGGAUAACCCCGAUCUCAAAGUAUCCAUUUUGACGGACGCCCUGCGCGGCACUCGUGAAACACCCAAUCCGUGCUCUGCAUCGCUUCUCGCUUCGCUGGUCGCCAAACAUGGUUCGGACAGAGUUGAGAUCCGCAUGUUCCACACGCCGAAUUUGACGGGUCUGAGAAAGAAAUGGAUCCCUCGACGGAUCAAUGAGGGUUGGGGUCUGCAGCAUAUGAAGCUGUAUGGCAUCGACGACGAGAUCAUCCUUUCUGGUGCGAACCUUUCCAAGGAUUACUUUACGAAUCGCGUCGACCGGUACCAUGUCUUCAACUCCAGGGAGCUAGCCGAUUACUACGCGCGCAUCCACCACGCAGUCUGCAGCCUCAGUUUCCAGGUCCUGCCAGAUGCGCACAGCGCGGCAGGCUAUCUCAUGGACUGGCCGACAGCUAAUGGUGCCCCGUCCCCCCUCGAUGACGCAGAGAACUUUGCCGCCUACGCAUCGACGGUCUUGAACCCGCUCAUCCAGCCAACCGAGAAAGCCGCCCUCACGCCCAAAGACACGAGUCAGACUUAUGUAUACCCCGUGGCGCAAUUCACGCCGCUGCUGAAGCCGGACUCCUCGACGGAAUUCCCCGCUGUCACCGCCAUCCUCCGUCUUCUCUCGGGGCUCCCGGCUUUCUCAGGUGCCCGUUGGCUGUUCACCGCCGGCUACUUCAACAUCCAUCCCGUCCUUUCUUCCCUCCUCAUCGCCAGCACCUCCCCCUCGCAUACCGCCUCGACGACCCGUGGCACCGUCCUCACGGCGUCCCCAUGGGCCAACGGAUUCUACGGUUCCCCGGGCAUCUCGGGCAUGCUUCCUGCGGCCUACACGCAUCUGUCGGCGCGCUUUUUGGACCGGGUCGCCGAGGCGCAGCGGACAAACUCCAUUGAACUGAGGGAGUGGCGCCGCGGGACCGUCGGCGAGCCCGGCGGCUGGACCUACCACGCAAAGGGCCUGUGGAUCACCCUCCCCAAGGAAGAACAUCCCAGUCUGACGUUCGUCGGGAGCAGCAACUACACCAAGCGCAGCUACAGUUUAGACCUUGAGGUCGGUGCACUGGUGGUCACCGGCGACCAGGAACUGAAGCGGAAACUGGCCGCAGAGACCGAAUGGCUGCAAGAACAUUCGGAGCCCAUCUCGCGGGAUGACCUGCGGAAGACGGAGAGGCGGGUGAGCUGGAACGUGCGGCUGGCGAUGUGGAUUGUCGAGAAGGUCGGCGGUGCGCUGUGA